AUGGCCGACCUCUUCUUGGACAAGGUCUUAAUUAAAAAUAAUAAAGACAAGGAUGAGCUGGACACAGAGAGGGAGAUGGUGCUCCGACUCCAGAACCGGGUCAUGAUGCUGUUUUUUGGGUCGGGUGAGUGUGAGCGCUGCAAGGAGUUCGCGCCAACGCUCAAGGAUUUCUUCAAACGCCUCACAGAUGAAUUCUACGUUGAACGAGCCGCCCAGCUGGUUCUGCUGUACAUCUCUCUGGACUCCUCCGAGAAGAAGCAGCUCAGGUUUCUCAAAGACAUGCCUAAAGGCUGCCUCUUCAUUCCCUUCAAGGACAGCUACCGCAUGGAGUUGAAGUACAAAUUCAACGUGGAGGAAAUCCCAACUGUGGUGGUACUGCGGCCAGAUGGUUCAGUCCUCUCACCCAACGCUGUACCAGAGAUCUGCAGCCACGGCCCAGGCUGCUUCCGGAACUGGCAGGAAGGGGCGGAGCUCAUUGACAGGAACUUCAUGAUGGCUGAGGAGUUUGAUGACACCAAGAUGAGAAGCAUGACAGAUCCGCUGCGUAGACUCAAGUACAAAGUGGACAAGAAAAAUAAGAAGAAAAGGGAGAGUAGAGAAGAGGAUGAUGAUGAGGAAGAACAAAAUGACAGUGAGGAGGAAGAGAGCUCCUGCUGAUAUACAAAUAGCAAAUAUCAAAAAUAAUAUCUGAUAGAAGAGCCAGAGCCUGCGAUUUCUGAUAUUACCAUGGUGUUGCUGCACAGGAGCUCGAGAUUCCCCUGUUCCGUUUGCCGCCACUGAAAGACGCCUGGAAGCUCAAAUGCUGUUUAUAACUGUGUUUUGUCUAAGUAUUACUUAAAAUCUUAGUGCAGUCUUGGUGACACUUCAUUGACUCAUCCUCUCUCAUGCAAAUAAACAGUGUGAUGCAAAUUCCCGAUAAACAAGAUGGUAAAAUGGAGAUAUGUCUCGAUCACCUAGAAAGAUAAAGCUGCUGUAAACAGGCAUCUGUAUUGAAAGAGACAGACUAGAGAGACUUAGGUGUGGACAGUGGGCAUGAAGUGAAAGAGACAGGAUGCUGACUGAAAUAUGAAGGAAUGGAGAGAAAAGGAGUGAGAUAUAACGGGAUCAGGAGGAGAGGAGUGGGAUAUAAAGGGAUUAGGAGGAAAGGAGAGGGUUAUAAAGGGAUCAGGAGGAGAGGAGUGAGAUAUAAAGGGAUCAGGAGGAAAGGAGAGGGUUAUAAAGGGAUCAGGAGGAGAGGAGUGAGAUAUAAAGGGAUCAGGAGGAAAGGAGAGGGUUAUAAAAGGAUAAGGAGGA